UACCAAAGAAAUGUCAGAAGGCUCGUGAACACUUUGGUACGGUGAGAACACAGAUGGAAUCCCUGAAGACCAAGUUUCCCGCUGAUCAGUAUUACAGAUUUCAUGAGCACUGGAGGUUCGUGCUUCAGCGGUUGGUGUUUCUGGCAGCGUUUGUAGUCUAUCUGGAGUCAGAAAUGUUAGUGACUCGAGAAGCUGUUGCAGAAAUACUUGGGAUUGAAGCUGAUCGAGAGCAGGGCUUCCACCUGGACAUUGAAGACUAUCUUUCUGGUGUGUUAACUCUGGCCAGUGAGCUGGCCAGGCUGGCAGUGAACAGCGUCACGGCUGGGGACUACUCCCGCCCGCUCCGCAUCUCCACGUUCAUCAACGAGCUGGAUUCGGGCUUCCGCCUCCUCAACCUGAAGAACGACUCCCUGCGGAAGCGCUACGACGGCCUGAAGUACGACGUCAAGAAAAUUGAGGAGGUGGUUUACGACUUGUCGAUCAGAGGACUCAAUAAGGAGGCAACAGUUGGUGUGGGUGGAGAGAAAUGAAGGGUGCUGGUUUUAACAACAUCAUUGAUUACCUCAGAUGGUUGCCAAUUUAGGAGGCAUGCUAGCGAAGCCUUCCUACAGUAGUUUAGAAGAACUGCAGCGGAAAGCUGCUCUCUAUUUUCUUACAAAAGGUGUAGUACGGGUGUUAGAUCUCAAGAUGUUUUGUAAAAUCAUGUCUAGCUUAGGGCAGGAGGUCUCUGUUCCCAGGGGAUCUCCUCUGCCAGAGCCACGGUGCCGUUCUGUGCACAGCAGGGGUAGCAGCCAGGACAUGCCACGGGCUGAAGGUCUUGUUGACUCUGUCGUGUU